GACACGCGUAGACCCUGUGAUACGCUGGUGGAAGUAAAGGGAAUCAAACCAUCAGCUACAUUUAUUAACACUUAAAGACCAUAAUCUGUAAAUUACCGUGUAAAGGGCCAAGACAAGACGCUUCAGGUUGCGCUGCUGGCCGCUGAUACCCCCACAAAGAGACAAAGAUGACGGCGGCGGUGUUUUUCGGCUGCACCUUUAUUGCCUUCGGCCCGGCCAUCGCUCUGUUCCUGUUUACCAUCGCCCGGGAGCCGCUGAGGGUCAUUUUCCUCAUAGCCGGAGCAUUUUUCUGGCUGGUGUCUCUACUGCUGGCCUCUCUGGUCUGGUUCAUCUCGGUUCAGAUCAGUAAUAAAGAGAGCGCGGCGCAGCAGAAAGGGCUCCUCAUCUUCGGCGUGGUGCUGUCCGUCCUGCUGCAGGAAACCUUCCGCUUCGCUUACUACAAGCUGCUGAAGAAAGCAAAUGAAGGCCUCCUCACUCUCAGCCAGGAAGAAACCAUGCCGAUCUCCAUACGGCAGCUGGCCUACGUGUCCGGCCUUGGCUUCGGCUUCAUGAGCGGAGCGUUCUCAGUGGUGAACAUCCUGGCAGACUCUGUGGGGCCUGGAACCGUUGGGAUCCACGGAGACUCCCAGCACUACUUCCUGUCCUCAGCCUUCAUGACCUUGGCCAUCAUCCUGCUGCACAUGUUCUGGGGCGUGGUCUUCUUCGACGCCUGUGAGAAGCAGCGCUGGUGGGCGGUGGGCGCUGUCGUCAUCAGCCACCUCCUGGUUUCCUGUCUGACCUUCCAGAACCCCGAGUACGUGGCCAGCUUGGUCCCCACCUACAUCAUUCUGUUCGUGAUGGGCAUUUGGGCGUUUUACUCCGCCGGCGGCUCCCUCAGGAACCUCAAACUCUGCCUCACCUGCAAAGACAAGGACUUCCUGCUCGCCAACCACCGGCCCAGAUAACGCAGCACACUGGGCGCUGUGCAGGACUCUUUACCCAAAGCUGACCGAGUUCACACACACACACACACACACACACACACACACACACACACACACACAGACCACACAACACACAACACACAACACACAACACAGCGAAGAAGCAGAGUUAACCAUCAGUUGAUCUGCUGUUUCACCAAGAGGUUUUUCAUCUUCAAUCUAAACACGUAAAAGAAGAGUCACAGAAAGGUCCUUUAAUUAAUACAGUUUGUUUGUAUAAUUCAAAAAUACACAAUCUCUGAAAUCUAGCUGGUAGUGUCCCGUUUGUUGCCUGAUGCUUCGAAACAAACCAACAAAAGGUGUUUUUAGAUGGCGAAGCGUUUCACAUUCUGUAAAUACUCCCAAUGUUUUCAACUAUCUUCUUUUCAAAUGUGUCAAAGGCUUGAUUUCUCAUUUCUGAUCAGAACUCUUUGUGUAAAUAUUUAUGCAUUUUUAAUUCCCAGCUGUGUAGAUAGUGAAACCUUUUUUUCAAAAUGUGAUAUCUUUAGUCUGUGUAAGAACUUGACGUUGAUUUGAAAUGAACAGAGAUUUGAGGUUUUUUGUUUAAUCAGUUAUCUAGAAGCAAUGACUUUAUUCCUUCUGUAGGACAAUUAAACUAAAUCACCUUGACUUCCUUCAGUUGAGUCUUUCAUUCCAUGCUUCAGUAUUUAUGCCUCUAAGAUGAUGGUUACUAAUAAGAAGGCUGAAUGCAUAAACACUUAUUGUUUAACUCAUUUGCACACUUUGGCUUCUACUUCUCGUUAUUCCAAAUCACUCAAAGGUAUCAAAGUGUGGUCCUGCAGGAAUUACAACAUUCUGCGGCUUUCAAAGACCUGUGGUUCUAUAGGAAAAUGUUGAAUCCUGUUCUUGAGAGAAUAAAAUUGUUUAAUAUGUUAAGUCCUUAUCUAAAACUCAGCUUCAGUGUAGAUAAACAGAUGGUUAAUGUACUUUAUUUCUCGCUUGUGUGUACACAAACCCACUAUUUAUAAAAACAUAAAUAGGAUCAAGAACAGGGGAAAUUGGGCCUUCAUGAUCUCUGAAUGUUGAAUUUCUUUGUUGACUUUUAUUAUGUUCUGAGCGAGUGCAGGAGUUAUCAUGAAUGCUCCAAUAACAAAUGUUUUCCAUUUGUACCUGGUUUUAUUUUGGUGUUGAUCUGCUUGUACAGUUUGUAAAGUCCUCCAUGUUUCUACCAGUGAACUAGUUUAAGGUUAAGCUUAGAAUUUCUUUUAUUACUUGAUUCCAAACAUAAUUAAAUGAGGCUUGUUCGGGUAGAGAAGACUUGAUGAGGUUAACCUACAGCUUAAUUAAUGCACACCAUAAUAGAAUCCUGCAAUAAAAUCUCCCUUCAUAAAGGUUA